AUGGAUGAAGUAGUAGUGUCUGGGAAUAUAUUUGGAGAAUCUAGGGGGAAAGUGGCUUCGAAUGUAUUAAUAUCAACUUGGGUAUUUAUAAGAGUUAUAUUUGUCCCUUAUGAAGAAGCAAAUGAAAAGGUUGAACAUUGGAUGAAGAAUGAUCAGAAAAUAACAAUAAUGAUUCGAACCUUAUUGAAUUUUCGCCGAGAUGAAAACACGUUAGCUUUGAAGCAGUCCGCCCUUUAUCAAAAAUUUGCUCGAGU